UCGGCAAUGGUCUCUGCUGAGCCUCUCGAGCAUCUCGCCAAUCGCCCUCCGACCCCUCCGAAAGACAUCAACCACGGCGAAAUCGACCAAGUCAUAAGUCUCCUAGACGUCGACUUUGAGCCAGAACUCGACCAAGUGCGUCAAGUCUGCUCUCGCGCAGGCACUCCGGUGCAACCUUCGCCUCCAUCUUCGCAGGUCGACGGUUCGCAGCACAAGUCGAGCAAGCGGGUCGAGUUCUCGCCAUGUAUCACUGCUCAUGAUCCCACACACUUCUACGCGACAUCAGGCGCCGCCAGCCCACUUCCACGCCGUUUUCCUUCGAGCAAGCAACCCAGACCUGUCAGAUCUAUCCUAAAGGCCACUUUUGACCUGCAGACUCCCACACCCGACGCUGCAUCGCCCGCCGCCGACUACUUCUCCAUCUCCGACCCAAAGACCUUUCCCGUCAUGCUCGACUCGGUUCUGAAGUUCCUCGACGCCCCUGCCACGGCUAUGCGCCUGGAUGGAUACAGUACUCUCAAUGGUGCCCUCAAGGCCUAUGAUGACCUGCCCGACGUCGACGCAAUGCGGUUCAAAAUGCCCCUGCUCGUCAAGUACAUUUCACGAGAUAUUCUCGAGUCGAGUCGCAAGUCGGACCCAAUGACAUCAAGUCUGACCACACAAGCCUUGAAGCUUACGACAGCCAUUCUCAUGCUGCCUACUCUCGCAGAUGCCCUCGACGAGCAGUUCCAGACAUUACUUGUCGAUCGCGCCAUCGAAGUUUUGGAACAGGACCCAGUCCCGAAAGCUAUCGCCAACCACCAUAUGUUCCUUCUCGCGACUCAACGCUUCCCUUCGAGAGUGGUAACUUCGACCAAAGUCGAACGAAUCCUCUCUUCACUCACUACCGUCCACGAACGCGUCAGCGGCAACAGCGUCAUCGCGUCACGUUUAGUCAUCUUCCAACGCUUGAUGGAUCAAGCUCCUACUCCCAUGCUCGCCAGUAUGCGAGAUUGGAUGCCUCAUGUUUUCCAUGGUGUUUUGAGUAGCAUCAAAGACGUCAGGGUGCGCGCCAUCGAAACUGGAAUGCAGGCUGCUAUGUUGUACGGCACGAGCUACUCAUCCACCAAAGUCAUCAUUGAUCUGUUCCAUACAGCCACUGCUGAAGGUAGCACCUACGGCGCGUACUUCACCGCCCGUCUGUUUGACAUGUCCAAGCCAAAAGAAGGUAACGAGAACACCGAUCUUGAGGAAGCCGUGCCGCAAAUUUGGUCAAUGGUUGUACUCUUUUUCAGAAGCAAAAAGGUCAAGUUGUCGCAAUGGCGAUUGUUUUGCGAAGAGUGGUUCCUCCUCAUCCAGAACUGCCUUAACAGCAAGAACCUUACUGUCAAGUUUCGAGCCACAUGCGCCUGGAAUCGUCUUGUCUACGUCGCCAUGCCAGAUCGCGAAAUGCUAGACAAGAUGGAAGGAUGGGAUCAUACACUACGUGUCCCCUUCCUACACAUACUCCACACUAAUAAGGGUCGAGACAAGAAGAGCAAGGAGGUUCGUCACAUUGCACUCUCUGGCUAUUGCAAUCUGCUACAUUACUCUCUACGACCUUCUCAGCCGUGGCAAGACCUCGACUACUUCUGGGAUGUCUACGUCAAGGAAGUUCUUCUCAAGCUACUUUUGUCCGGCGGAAGGGAUGCCAGCCUAGCCUGUCGGGUACUCAAAACUCUUUUCGAUGGCAGAUCGACAGUCUGGGAUGAGGAAGUGGUCAACAAGGCUCCAAUAUUGCCCGAGGCUUUGUCUCGAUUGGAUCCCAAGUGGGUACGUUCCAGGGCUUAUAAAGUGCUGGAUUUGCUGGGUCCUUUCCUCGAGCUAUCAUUAGCUCAAACAGGAGAUGGACGUGGCAUCGACGCGACACCCUGGCGUGAAUUCUUGACUGCGGUCUCUAGUGCUGGCAGUCAUGAGGUACUGAGAUCACAAGAGUUGAAGGAGUGUUUAGCCCAGCUGAUGAACUUCUUUGGUCGCCUAUGGGCAAAAGCUCCUAAGACUGAUAACCACCUCGGUACGCCCUGGAUUUCGCGGUUUACAUCCCUUGUGCAGUGCUCCAUCGAGGUGAUUGGACCUUUACCAUUCAGCGAGGAAACCCUAGCUCGUAACGAAUCUAAAAGCCUUGGGGCUGCACCGACUCCAUCUAAUCGCACGUCAAAACAUCAUGCCAGGCUACAGUCACCUGCUGUCUUCUUGUUCGACUUGUUUGCCCAACCACCACUUGCAGUCAGCACAGACACAGCUUACUCCGAUGCUGCGAAAGAAUUGCUGCAUCAGAUUUGCCUGGGUAGGAACUCGCGCAAGGAACGACUGGAACUAAUACGCAAAUGCUCACAAGCGAGUCUGGCCACGAAUUCAGUACUUCUGUGGACGACUGCAGUACGAGAGACUAUUGCGGUGCUCCUCGGCUCUAGCCUCAACGAAAAUGUCCAAGAGCCUGCUCGUAUCGGACAUCAAGCUCGACAUGCCAUCUCGAUACUGGCAUCGGGCUUCCAUCAUCAACAAUAUGACGAUAAUGUAUUGUCGGCCGCUUUCGAGCUUGUCAGUGUACUGGCAAAGAUCCUUAAACAAGAAGCCGGUGAAGGUGGUGUGGUUCUCGGUCUGAUGGAACCUCUGGCUGAGGCGCUCUUGCAACAGAGAGACCAGAUGAUCCCUAGGUCUGUUUUCGUUCAGUUCGCUGAGAAGUUGCUUCAAGUUGGAACAUUCCCUCGCAACAAACAGCAAAUGGACGAAGCGCGUAGAUCUCUGUGGAACACGCAUCCGCCGUACUCGAAACAGUCAAGCUUCGAGCCGUUCAAUCAUGUAUAUGAGCUCGUAAAUUCGGCAUUGCUGACCUCAUAUGCUAGCAUCGAUGAGCCCGCAGAGAGCCUAGCACAGUUCAUCGAAGCGGUUCGAGACUUCCUUUCAAAAUGUCCUCUGUCCCUGUUCGCGUCGCCUGCGUUACGCAGGGUGCAACAUGGACUAUCGCAGAUCGUCAAGGAUGAGAAUCGUGUACUCGCGGGUAGUCAGGAGGGUCAGGAGGUGUUUGUCAAGGUACUCUCUUUGUGGCAAUCUGUCCUCACUCAGCUGAAGAAUCUACCCUCGAACAAGACUCUGUUGAAAGCCUUGGAUGAGCUCUUUGCAGCCGGCUUGAACAGCACACACCGGGAGAUUAUCAAUCUUACUGUUUCCUUUUGGAAUACCACCUUUGGCCAGCUCGACUCUCUCGAGUACCCGAGUAAUGUUGAACAAGCAGUUAGACGACUCCGGCCUCUUGUGGAACUUGACCUACCCACUUUCCCAGACAACAGUGAUGCACCGGUAAGCAAAACACCAUCGCCAUUACAUGACUUGAUCGAGUCGCAGCAAGAAGCUGGUAUCCAAGAGACGCCGUCUCCCACCAAGCAGCAACCUACAAGAAGAUCCAAGAGAAUGAGCGUUCUUAGUCGUGCUGCCUCCUCUAGUCCUCAACAGAAGUCUGCCACGAGGAGAUUGCCCGCUUCCAAAGCAGCAUUGAAAUCGAAACUGCGGCAUGAGGACUCCCAGCUCGACUUCACAGCUGUUGAGAGCUCAUCACCAGUAGCGAUGGAAUCUCAACUCCUGACCGAGCACCAGAGAGAGGUCAAAUCUCGACAGCAAUUCGAAACGGCGCCACUGUACCCCGAGUUUUCUUCAAGCCCGGGACCACGCAGAAGAGCUUCGAAAUCAGGAUUGCCGCUGCUAGACUUUUCUAGUAAGCAAGUCGUCAUGGAUACUGGGUAUGCUACACCCACCUUGAACGAUGAUCACGGACCGCUGGACGAGUAUAUCACUUCCUCACCUACACCAAAGGCAGCUGAGAAAGCGCAACAAUCUGCUGUGGAGAACACAGACGUAGACGAGUCGGCUUUCGAAGCAGAAGAAAAUAUCCCAUCUUCUCCACCCGAGAUGGAAGAUGAAACAGUGUACGACGGCACCACCGAGCUGGAGAACUUGCAGACUACGGAACCACAGGCAAUGAGCGACGUCCGGUUCGAUACUGUUCCUGAAGAUUUCUCAACAAUUGUGCCUCAAGAGGAAUCUAGAGUUGACGACUCGAGAGCACUACCGGAGGAGGCAAGUACAGCCGAUGACUCUUCUCCUAUACCCUUUACCGACAGUCUCUCCGAACAGCCUCAAAAGGAGCCUGAUAGCUCCGCAGAUCCUCCUCAGAGCAAGAUUCCUGAAGCUGUUGCUACGCCUGGUGACAUCAGCAGAGUCAUGGACUCCUUCGUUGGAACCACCAGCGAUCACGACGAUACGACAUCAGUACAGCAAGAGACACUCACGAGUGCGUCUCCCAAGCUAAACCUUGCUUCUUCAGCUUCCAAGCGCAAGCGAGAAGAGCCACAUGAAACGCGGGCUUCAGCCAAAGGUCGCAAGUCCUCAGCAUCGCCGUUCAGACGUAUCGUUACAAGAACACUCUCUUACCUUACUGGCAGCCAAGCGGUGAAUGAGGAGGAGGACGACGACGACGACGACGAUGAAGAAAUGCAAGACUGUAUCGUCGUCGAGAGCCAGAAAGAUCAGGAAGAGGAUCAAGAGGACGAACCUCGGUCCGAAGCUGCAGAGCAAUCUCCAAUGCCCGAAUCAGCUGCAGCAAGCGUUGGUCCAUCGACAAACAAACGUGGACGCGGAAGACCUAAGAAAUCAACGACACCUUUCGUCUCCAGCCCAGCUUCGAUCGUGAGAACUCGAGCUGCAAAACGACGUGCAUCAACACUCGAAGCAGAAGAAAACCAAGAGUCUUUGGUCAUCGAAACACCUGCACCUAGCAAGUCUCGAAGGACAACACGGAGUCAAGACGCGAAGUCAGACCAACCGGUGGAACAUGUCAUGCUUUCUCCCACUCGCCAGGUUGACGAGCAAGAAGACGAUGGCAAGGUCGAUGAUCCAGAAGACGAUGACAAGGACGAUAACCAGGAAGCAGACUCUCAGCUGAGGCAUGAGGAGGAAAAAGCAGUCAACGAGCAACCACCAGACAGAGGCAAUUGGCUGAUCAAAAGGUUGAAGAGCAUUAUGAUCAACUGCACAACGAUGGUCAUUACACCGCAGCAAGAAAGAGAACUGCAGGACGUUCUGUACGAGCUUGGCAGAUGUGUUUACGAGGCUGGGAGAAGAUCGAGUAAUUAG